GGAACUUGUUGUUUGUUAGGUUAUGUUUACGUCUACUUUAGGUAACUACUAACUAGUGUAUGCCUGAAUUGUAUUUUGUUUUGUGAAACUUUGCCACAAGUUCAAUAAUAAACGCAAAUCUCAUGUUUUCUAUGCCUUGAAACUAAGUAUUCCACUUUAUCAUUAACUUAUUACAGUCUGAAGUGUUCUUAAUAAAUUAUAAACAAAAUGUCUAAAAGCUUGAGUGACCUGAAGUUAAAUAAUUGGAUUAUUCGUCAGUGUCAUGCAUUAGGAAUACAUCAACCCACUCCUAUACAAGCCAACUGCAUACCUCAUAUUUUGGCUGGUGGUGAUUGUAUAGGAUGUGCUAAAACAGGUAGUGGUAAAACAUUAGCAUUUGCUCUGCCAAUUCUGCAAAAGCUCUGUGAAGAUCCGUAUGGCAUAUUUGCGAUAGUCCUAACACCAACAAGAGAACUAGCAUUUCAGAUAAGUGAUACUUUUGCUGCCAUUGGCAAGGCUAUCAACCUCAGGCAGUGUGUGAUAGUUGGAGGUAUGGACAUGGUGACUCAAGGGCAGAUGUUGGCAAAGAGGCCACACGUCGUCAUCGCCACACCUGGCAGGAUGGCUGAUCAUAUAGAAAGCUGUGACACAUUCUCCCUGGCCAGAAUAAAAUUCUUGGUUCUAGACGAAGCAGACAGACUUUUGAAUGGAGCGUUUGAUGAACAGCUACAGACAAUCUUCAGUUGUCUACCCAAGCAGCGUCAGACCUUGCUGUUCAGUGCCACCAUGACCGAGGCACUCGACACUGUCAAGCAGGUGGCCACCAAUCAGGUGUUGUUGUGGGAGGCUGAGUCGGAGGUGGCCACAGUUGAUCAGUUGGAGCAGUGGUACGUCUUAUGUCCAGUGGCAGUCAAGGAUGGCUACCUUGUGGAAACAAUACGAAAGUUCUCAUCUUCACAUUCUAACCCUUCAAUCAUUGUUUUCACAGAAACUUGCAAGAACUGCCAGUUGCUAUCCAUCACUCUCAAUGAAGUUGGGUUUGAAAACGUACCUCUUCAUGGGAUGAUUUCCCAGAAAGAGCGACUUGCCUCACUUGCAAGGUUCAAGUCAAACACUGUCAAGAUACUCAUUGCUACAGAUGUCGCUAGUAGAGGUCUAGACAUUCCGGCAGUAGAAUUGGUAAUCAACCACGAUAUGCCUAGUAGCCCGACGACCUACAUACACCGGGUUGGUAGGACUGCCCGAGCUGGUCGCAGCGGAACGGCCAUCAGUCUGGUCACACCUCAUGACCUGCGACUCCUACAGGCCGUGGAACAAGCCAUCAACACCAAGCUGCAGGAAUAUACCAUCAGCGGUAAAGAAGUCGCAAAAAUCUUUACUCAAGUCUCCGUCACAAAGAGGGAAGCCGAAAUAAAACUGGAUCACAAUGACUUUGAAGAAAGGAAGAAAGUAAACAAGAGGAAGAAAUUGAUAUUAGAAGGUAAAGAUCCUGAUGAAGAAGAAAAAAGACAAGAGGAAGAAAAGAAACAAAAGUUAAAAGAGACCAAGUUAGCGAUAAAGAAAAGGAUGAGACAAAGAAAACGUGAGAUCAAAAAGUUUGUUAAAGAAAAUGUACAAAAAGAUUUGAAAAGCUGAUUGGAGCUGUUACUUAUGUGAUUGUUAAUAAAUAUCCUUAAUUAUUAA